AUGAAUAUCUUGAUCAUUUUGAUCCAAUUGAUUACUCAUAUGCCCGAAAUUCUUAGCAUCAAAUCCUAUUCAGGUUUUAAGCUCAUAAAGUUACAGACUAAAAAUGAUUUGGAUUUCAAAAAAAUAUAUGAAUUUCAAGUUAACCAUACUGAUAAUAACAUAUGGUCUUAUUAUAAGAACGGAAGCGGUAUGAAUAUAGAUAUCAUGAUAUCAAAAGUUGACUACCAAAAUUUUAUAUCAUUAUUGAAUAAAUUGGACAUAGAAUACGCUAUAAAAUUAGACGAUAUCCAGAAAUUGAUAGAUUUUCAAAAGAAUGAAGCAUAUAUAGCACGAUUAUCAAUUAGCAUGACCUCUUUCGACUUUGAAUACUAUCCCAGAAUGGCUGAGGUGUAUUAUUGGUUCGAAUUUUUAGCGGAAAAAUAUCCCAAAUUGGUAACAAUAAUCGAUAUCGGAGAAUCUUACGAAGGGAGGCGUAUGAAAAUUCUCAAAAUAGGGCGCGAUACGGGGUCCAAAAAACCUGCCUUUUUUGUAGAUGGUGGAAUACACGCGCGAGAAUGGCCGACAGUUACUACCGCCAUGUAUUUUAUAUCUCGAACGAAUUUUUUCGUACUUAAAACUAGCCACAUUAGAGUGUCCUUGUUCAAAUACCUUAUAGCCUGCUCCCAUGGUGUGGCCUACGAUAACCCAUGCGAAGUAAUUUAUCAGGGAUUAAGUCCUUUCUCCGAAAUCGAGACGAGAAAUUUGGCAGAUUUUAUAAGAAGCCGGAGAUGGGAUAUCCUUUCCUAUUUAACUAUUCACGCGUAUAGUCAAAUGUGGAUGUACCCUUUUGCUUAUACUUAUGACAACGCGCCCGAUCACGAGGAAUUAAGCGAUCUCAUGAGGGAAGCAAAAAAAUCGGCACCGAAUUACAAAAUUGGAAGUGUCGCCCAACUCUUAUAUGCCGUAACUGGUUCAUCACUUGACUGGGCCUACGACGAUAUGAAGAUAAAAUACAGUUUUGUGAUUGAAUUGAAAGAUAUGGGUCAUGGAUUUUUAUUGCCAAGUACCAAAAUCUUACCAGUAGCCUCGGAGGUGUGGACAAUUUAUGAGUAUAUAAUUUCUUACGUGUUAAAUCGUGAAACUGGCUAUAAAUGA